AUGCAGCAGGUUUUACUGAAGGAGUACCUCUCUUGCUGUGUUUAUAGUGGCACAAAAGUUUUGCACAGGAGGAGAGACAGACCGCUAGGCCAAGAACGGUCAGAGCUGAACUCAAGAUCCAAGAAGUUACAACGUUGGUGUGUGCCAGCCUCUCCCAAACGGUAUGAACUUGCAAGCAACAACAGGAGCAGCAGCAGCAGGGAUUAUGCCUUCAUCAGUCCUUCCCUGGCAACGGCUUCUAGCAGUGGAGAUUCUUCAGCUUCCCGCCUUCAGAUCCUUCCUUCAUGGACAGUCGUACAGAACUGUCUUCCAGAUAUCUCGUUGCCAUUUCUUCUCAGUUAA